UGAACGUUGUCACGUUGAGAGUUUGUCAGGGCAAAUGCAGAGCAACUGAAAUCAUCCCCCGUCCGAGUGUGUUGUUGUGGCUCUCGUUGGUGUCAAGUGUCUUGUUGUUGUGUGCUAAGUAAGAGUGCAGCUAGACGCGAAUGUGUUUGCUUUCGAACGAGACUUUGAUUGCGUAUCGAAAGACAAAUUUAGCUCACGCAGAGGUAACAAUCCGAAUCCUCUGACAGCGAUUUUGACGGUGGAAUUGGACGAAAUCCUUGACUGAUUGAAAAACAGAGCCAGUUUGCGAUCCCUUUUGUUUCCAUCUUAAUCCUCUUCGUUCGUGGAUCCUCUCUUCUCCACAACCAAUCUCCCUCUUCGUCGACUACUAACGCACUCGACAUGUUUCCAAUUGGCUGCACCUUCGCGCUCAGCUGGAUCCUCCUAGCAGGACUGAUUUCGGGAGAACAGUCGGCUGGUGCGAGUAUCUGGCUAGCGCCCAGCAACCCGACUGUGGCCGUCUUCGCCAAUCAGAGUUACUUCGUCUCCUGCAAAGCCCCCGGUGCCGAGAAGAUCGUCUGGACUAAAACGGGCGAAGGAGACAUCACGCCCACCUCUGGAAAGAUCCACGUGGAAGAGAAGGAGGACGGAAUGGACUUGGUCUUCGAGACGAUACGCAAGAAGAACCAAGGCGAAUAUGCCUGCAAGGCCACCGUCAGAGGCCAAGAAGUGGAGAAGAAAAUCAACCUCACGGUCUUUAAGCCACUCAGCUUCGGAGAGACUGCCGAGGUCCAAUACGCCACCGAAGGAUCAGAUUUCACGAUCCGAUGCGACGUUGGAGGCGACCCUGUAGUCACGGCGACGUGGAAAGUUCGCGGACGAUCCCUUCGACCAUCGCCACGCCAUAAAGUAAUCGAUAAUAAUCUAAGCAUCAAAGAAGUGACGCUGGAUGAUGGCGGACUUUACGUCUGCCGUGCCACGCAAUCCAAUCCAAUGAUUGCCGAUUUUCGCGAAAUGAACAUCACGCUGAAAAUUCAACAUGAGCCCCGCUGGUUCAAAGAUCACACCAAAGAGGCUUACGGCUUUAUUGGAGGCACUGUCAACAUGACGUGCUCGGCCGUCGCCGAGCCGGGCGCCGAUUUCAUUUGGAUCAAGGACAACAAAACGCUGCAGCCGAGCGACGACGUUCAGAUCUUCAAUUCGGAUCAUCACAGCUCGCUCCAGUUGUACAUUUACGACGAUUCCGUCUUCGGUGAUUACGAAUGCCGAGCUACUAACAUGCUGGGCACCAUGGCGCGCGUCAUCGUCCUAGAGCAGGCUACCAAGCCGGCCGCUCCCACUUUCAAAAUCAAAAUUACACAUCCGGAUAGCUUCGUUUUGGAGAUUGAAGAUUCGGACGUGGUUUCAGAUCGGGGUCAGGACGCCGCAGCCCGCAAUCCAAUGGACGUGACAGGCUACGUGGUGCAGUACAAGCAACCCUCCCUCGAGUGGAGCCGGGCACAAGAGAGAGAAUUCGAAAGAAUGCCCAGCCAGCCGUACAGAGUAACCGGAAUGCAGCAGGAUACCUCUUACGAAGUGAGGGUUGCGGCACGUACUGCGGCCGGCACUGGAGAUUUCACCGACGUCCAAGUCGAGAAAACGAAGAAAAUCGUGGCCGCAGCGGUGCCCGUCCUCAAUUCAGCCCAGCAACUCGUGCUCUGUCAUUCGCUUCUAACUCUAUUGAUCGCAGCGCUAGCCUCCGCCAACAUCUACAUCUAAAUAGGAAUAGCUAGCCUAAGUAAACCAAAAUGAUAAACAAAAAAAAAAAGAGAGAAAAGGGAAAUGAUUUUUUUUUCUUUUCUCCUUUUUAUGCGCUCCAUCCUCCAGUCUAAAAAAAAAACAACAACAAACAACUAAGCUAUAAAUAACCGUUUAUUCCUCUUUGUUCAAUCUCUUUCAUUUUGAACUUUUCUAUCAAAAAGAAAUUAGCGGGGAAAUAUCUGAAAAAAAAAGUCCUGUGAAGAGUUUUGAGUUUCGAGAACUCUAUUUGAUCACAUACUUUUUACUCGUCUCAUUUCUCAAUCAGUUUGUAAAGAAAAAAAAAACAAGAAAAAAAACAAAAACAAAACGCUAAAUGUAACGACCGCCGAUAUUUCUUUGCGAGUUAGAAAGAAUAAUCUAAAAAAAAAAUACUAGGGAUGGAACUGAUAAUAACUAUAAUAGAAUCAUGUACAUAUUUCUCCUUUUUCUCUUCUACCCUCAGUUCUAGAAUGUUGUACGCUUAUUAGACUGUUGAGUGGCGCCUCUCUCUUAGCUCCCUCUCCCAAGUUCCUCAUCUAUUUCUAUACCUCUUCAUCUCUCUUUCUCUAAGGCUUUACGUGUGUGUUUACCGUUUCCUUAAAGAAGCCCCACAGGUAGAUACCUAUAUCGAAUGGCCAGGAUUUAGACAAGUUAGCCUCCCACUCCCUUCGCUGUUUCCAAAAUCCACCCUUCUCGGCUCAGUCUUUGAUAUUACACGUAGGCUUUUGACGCGUUCGACGGUGACAUCCCUUUGGUUUUUGUAUUUAAAAGUCAAAGUUGUUAAUGGUGUGGAAGGAGGAAGAGAAAGGGGGACAUCCAACGUUCACGUGACUGUUAAUCCUUCUCAGCUUGCUUACGAUAUGCGAUGAAACUGAUCCCGUUUUGUAGAUUCAAUUCGUGCUUUUAAUUCUAUAUCGGAUCGAGCAGGAUGUUAAACCUUGGUUUCUAUUUCAGUUGUUUUAACUUCUCGUUUAUAUUAUAUGUUUUUUAAGUUUUGCAGGAAAAAAACCGGCAGUGGUGAGGAUGAUGCAAAAACAGUUGCAUAUGGUAUUGAAACCAGAUACUCAUUUAAUAAUUUUUUUUUUUUUCUUGGCUCGCGAAAAUCUUGUAUUCUUAUGGAUCGAUUAUUUUAUGGCGGUUUAUUUAUGUGUACGUCAAUCAAUUUCCUCCUGUGUUUCCAUUUCUCUCAACACUUCCGGCUGUACACCUCAUUUUUGAUACUUCUGGGUUCCCAUUAUCAUUAUAUUGCGUGUAGUUUCUUUCAUUUGAAUUAGCUGUGUAACAUUUCCGUGAUGCCAAACAUACAACUGUCAUCUAGAA